UACUUUUCUCUUAGUUACUUGGUGUUAUUGUUAAGCGUAACCCGGUACACGGCUUGAGCACACGCGUGUCACGUUACCCGUGUCAACGUCCUAGCCAGGCUGCAUAAUGAGUGGCUCCACUAGCAUCCCCGCCCUUAUCAGGUACGCCAUUGACUAUGGCUACGAAGGGGCGGCACUCAGUGCAUUUGUUAAACAAAGAUACCAAGAGAAUUUAGAAGACUUACAUGAAGAAGAGGAACGAAGAAAACAAAGAUACCAAGAAAAUUUAGAAGACUUACACGAAGAAGAGGAACGAAGAAAACAAAGAUACCAAGAAAAUUUAGAAGACUUACACGAAGAAGAGGAACGAAGAAAACAAAGAUACCAAGAGAAUUUAGAAGACUUACAUGAAGAAGAGGAACGAAGAAGACAAAAAUACCAAGAGAAUUUAGAGGACUUACAUGAAGAAGAGGAACGAAGAAGACAAAGAUACCAAGAGAAUUUAGAGGACUUACAUGAAGAAGAGGAACGAAGAAAACAAAGAUACCAAGAGAAUUUAGAAGACUUACAUGAAGAAGAGGAACGAAGAAGACAAAGACACCAAGAGAAUUUAGAGGACUUACACGAAGAAGAGGAACGAAGAAGAUUAGACGAAGAAGAACGAUUAAAUGAGCUGCAGUGGGAGGAAGAAAUUCAAUUAAAAGAGAGAAAAUGGGCUAUAGAGGCCAAGUUCUAUGAAUUUGAACGAUCGGAAUGGGGUAGUAUCGAAACAAUAGAAAAACAAGAAGACGAGAUGCUAAAAGAUACCAGCAUAUCAAUAGCUGAGAGAAUUAUUAUUUUUAAGGAACGAAUAAAAAGAAUGACAGAAACGAAAGCACGCUUGCAGAUGGCCGAGCAGGCUAUGCUUGAGCAGCUGAAAAACAUGACCAUAGAACCUAAACCAACACCCGCAACUACACCCGACACACCAACCCUACCAGAUAUUCAGAAUCAUGAUGCUACACUGAGCCAUAAAAGAGACUUAAUUAAAAUUACUUCCCCUGCCCCGACUGUAUCAUCAAUAAACACAACACCGGAUGCUCCGGUCGACCUUAAUUACACAGCACGUCAAGAGCCGAGGAGACAAAACAACAAACCAACCACUGUCAGCCUUAUCGGCCCCAUGGUUCUACCCACCAUAGGUCUACAUACUAAACCUUACAAGCCCCUCGCUAAUGGAAAAAAAUUCGCCGACGAGAGAAGAAUCGCUCUGGGUCCAAAACCCCGCCCACCCACACACACCUUGAUAAAACAAUGGUCCAAGGACACCGGCCUAAGUUAUCGGUAGACGUGCCGCCUGCUCUAUAGCUGUUGUGCCGUGGUCUACCCAUCUCACAUUACUGGUGCUUCACCUUUUGCCACCCACCCCAUACUGAGUUUCGACAAGUCACUAAGCGUAACUUAGCUAGUUAGACUUAGGGUGGAAUUUCUUAGUAAGUCAUGGUCGAUUGCCUGAACUUAGCUCUAUUCCAGCCUUGCACUUAAUUGAUGCAAGCUGCCCAGUUUAACAAUAGUGAAGCUUGUUAUGACUUACUUUGAUAUAUAUUUUUUUACACAAGCAAUACUUUUAAAAAAAUUCCAAGGACAUUUAUAAUUGUCAUAUCUUAUGUACUCAUAACUUCAUAUCUAUGUCAUAAAUUCGUUGUUUUUCCCUUGUUCUUGCAGUAUUUUUCACAGGUUUCCACUGACUUCUUAGACCUGGUUGUCAUACUUCUAAAACAGAACUUGGCGUUAGUUAAUUUCCUGAAUACAAUGUAAACUUAUACUGAACAAAAAAAUGUCAUUAUUCACCGUUGUCUUAUUACAAUUUACAUAAAAACAAUUUUUGUUUUCUAUAGCCUCUAAUGGCAUAUCACAAUGUUGUAAUUGAUGUUGUACUCGCCUAUCAUGGCCAAUGUUUACUCAUUUUGCCUGUAAAUGGCCUAUGUUUCAAUGUUAUUAAUUUUCGUCUAAAGACAUUGUUAUUUACAUUUUUUUGCUUAACUAUACUUUGAAAGACACAUGAAAAGAUAUUGUUUUAUUUCUGGUCCGCUGAAAAUUGCGUUACCACGAAAUUUUAGCGAGGAAAGGGGGUGUGACGGUAAAACCGUUUAGGCCUAGCUCCACGUUAUUCUUACACCACCCCUUACCUGCUCUAUACUUCCCCCCCCCUCUAUACAACUACGUACAUUCUUAUCUUUCGUCCCCCUCACAGGCUCCUCUCUAGUUGGCUAGAUUGUCCACGUGACACACCGCCAAUGUUAAGGCAUAUAAGGGGAUGCAACAAAGAAAUCUCGCACUUUUCCAGCACUGAGCUCAGCUGGUGGUGUCGCACGCGGCGUUGGGGCCGUCGGCCCGACCUCCACGUGUUUUGGGUUUGGUUUUACUUAAUUAUUUCUUAUUUUCACU